GAAACAAUCUCGCCAACUGUACUUUACUAUUAUACUAAAUUGUUUCAACUUGGGGUCACCAUACAUUUCAUGUACUAUUUUUGAUCGUCGAGGACGGGUCAUGGCGUAUGUAAAUGUUGCGGAAUGGAAAACCGAUCAAGUGUGUGAAUGGUUAAAAGGUCUUGACAUCUCAGUUCUUCCCUACGUGCACAGUUUUACAAAUAACAAAGUAAACGGUCAGCAAUUAUUGAGUCUAAGGCCUGAGGAUUUGGAACAAUUGGGUGUCCUCAAAGUGGGGCAUCAGGAGAUAAUUCUUGAAGCUGUUGAGUACUUAAGAAACUUUCACUAUGAGCUUGAUCGCGAAAAUCUCCAAUUACUUGCACUACGGCUCUCUUGUCAAGCCCAUAGUUUACACAAUGAGCUAUCGAGGCAAACAGAUUCAAAGCCAGUAACAACACAAACAUUAUCCGAUGUGGUCGGUGUUGUUACAUCAGUUAAACCACUCGUGAGGUGGUUGGAUAAGCCACCUUUCAGUGGACAAUUAGAGUACGCUGACAAAAAAACACUAUUAUUAAAGUUGAGUAUUGAAAUGGCAACGUGUGCACAGAGAGACAGAUUUGCGGAGAAGCCAAUUGAGGAAAUAAGAACAACUUGUGGCCAAUUGGCUCAAUUGGCUGAUUAUAUUAUUCAGGAUAUUUCUGAUCCCAUGAUUCUCCAACCUGCGAGUUUGGAUCUAGCGACGUUGAAAAAAAAACCUGGUGAUGAUCUGGGAUUCUAUAUACUUCCAUCGUUUCAUGGAACUCAUCAGAUUGCUGAAAUUAAGUUCAGCUCAGUAGCACAUCAGUGCGGAAAGAUGGAGGAGGGAGAUGAAAUUGUACAGGUUAAUUAUCAAACGGUCGUAGCAUGGGAGAGGAAAAAUGUCCUCGAAUUGUUCAACGAGAGUCCGGCUGAAGUAUUAUUAACACUCAAACGUCGUCCACGGCAUACUAAGGUUUACGGGCAGAUUUACAUAAAGCCGUACAGGUUACCGAGUAACAAAAAAACACCGUAUGCUACGAGAUGGCAACAUAAUUUACCAUCACCUAGGCCUGAGUUAUUAACAAUACCAGAUUUUACAAUUCCACUCCCAAGGCACGCCCCAAAGGAUCCAAAUCCAGCGCCUAUCAGUACAAUCAGCACUGUCAGUAUGCUAGAUACGAUGGGGACCGAUAGUAGUGACUCUGAUUGUGAAGUCGAACCACCACUUUCAAGCCGUUUGUACCCAUCAAAACCUAGAGCCUUAGUACAACGUCGUGCCACAAUAACUGGUGCAAGUCCUACCACCAAACAUACAAUAGAUAUAGAACAAUUUUGGAAAGAAUUGAAGCAAGAACACAGUACAACGUUUCAGUUGAGAGAUAAGGCUGCAUCCUGCGCCCACGGAUUAGAUACAGUACCCACGAAUCUGCGACCACAGACGUGCUUGGGCAUUGAACAAUCAAAGCGUAAAAAACGAAUUCAAGAAGAUAAAAAAAGUGAGAACGGUAUAACGUCAAAAAAUAACACAAAUCAUAACAAAAUUGAGAGUGCCAGUGAGAAUAAUUUAUCAAAAAGUGACGGAGAUGAGUAUGCUAUUAAUACGAUAAUCGGAAAAACGAAUAACACUUGUGAUUCUUUAGUAUUUUCAACCGGAAAAUACGGUCUGCCUAACACUUGCACUGCUGAUGAUAUCGACACAAUUUACCCCUCCGAAAGUGAGAACUAUUGUCGUAAUGACCAAGGAAAAUUGGACAAAAGUCACAGUACUCCUCCGUAUGAUGAAAUAGAAAUAACUCCUGUGAAGAUAAAUUCUGGUGAUCCUGGAAAUUCAUUAAAAGAUCAUCCAAACUGUACGAAGAGAAUUGAUGUGUUGAAGACUGAUAUUAACGUAAGGGAGGAUAAUUUAGAAAUUAAUAAAACGUUCGAGAUGAUGGAGGUUGUUAGGUUGGAGGGUCAUGUCGCACAGAAGAUUAAUUCUAUAGAGGAAAGAGUUCGAGAGAGUAAUACCACCGACCUAAGGACGAAUCUGAAAGUGUCUGAUGUAAAAGAUUUAUAUGAAAAUAAUGCAUGUAAGGAUUUAAAGAAAGAACAAAGGAAAUCUGAAAUCAUCAUCAACGAUCGAGAAGAGUCAUUAGUCACGAACAUGAUAAUUCCGUCAGAGACACAAAAAAACGCGAAUUAUUUAUCAAAUUAUGGAAGUAGCCAAGGGAAAUCUGAAUCAAGGUACAUGGAUAGAAUUCAUAGUAAUAGGAGUAAAGCUGAAGCAUUGUUGGAUAAAUUUGAUCAGACAAGUCUGCCAAUAACUGAAAAUAGUGAAAUUUUAGAUAUUAACGCGGAAGAGAUUUCGAUGGCAUCAAUGAAUAUUUCAAAAAAAAAUUAUGUUACGUCAGAAUCAAAAGAAAAUUUGAGCCCAAAAUCAACAAAGUUACCGUCAGUUAUCUUCAAACGUGAUACCACAACAGGAGAAAAUGAGGAAUGUGAACCGAUGUCUCGUCAAGUUAUAGAAUGUAAAGAGUGUACUAAAAGACCUGAAAUAAACGUGCGUUCUACGCCACCGGAACCCCCGCCUCGUAGAUACUUCACGAAACUAUCACCUCUGAAUCUAGAUGCUAACGUCAUUCCACCUGAGCCACCAGAGAGGCCAAAAGUUACUUUAAAUCGUUCGAAUUCAAAAAGAGAACUUCAUCGCAUUGAAAAUCGUUCAAAUUGUGAAUUAAUAGUCCCAUCAAAUCAGCGAGAAUUUUUCGAGGGGCAUCACGAUUUCGUAGAAAAGUCCACAGACUUCAUAGACGAAACGAGCAGUGCAAUCCGUGAUCGAAGAGCCUUAAUUGGUCACUUCGAUUACGUAGAAUCCUACGAGAGCCAGAUAAAGGGAGAUAAACCAAUCGCAGAAAAAUACGAGUUAUUUACUGAGAAAUUUGGCAACGGAAAUGCUUUGAUAGUUCAAAGCCAACCGGAAAUUGUUGUACGUACUGCGGACUCACCGGACGCAGCUAAAUAUUCGACACAAGCAUCAGAGUUGAAAACACGAACAUUGGAGAAAGAUAAACAUGGUGAAAAAGGUGUUGUUAAUAGAGCUAUGAUGGUGGCGAGGAGUAUUGGACUUCACAGUGCAUCAAAACUAUCAUCGAAUAGUCCUAGGAGUAGUAGAAAGCGAAACAUUUUGUUGGCAAAAAGACGAAAUGUUUCCGUUAAAGAUAUUGGUGCUGGAGAAUUGGAGGGCUGGUUGACAUACCGAAGCAGAGGUGCAGGAGGGGCUUGGGCGAGGUCAUGGUUUGUGCUCAAAGGAUCGUCUCUCUACAGAUUUGAAAACCCUGAAAGUCUUAAAUCAGAUUGUUUGAUUGUUCUACCAGGUUUCACAGCUUCUCAAGCUCCAGAAGUUAAAUCUCGAAAGUUUGCAUUUAAAGUUUAUCACACUGGAACAGUAUUUUAUUUCGCCGCUGAUGCAGAAGACUCUUUAAGUCUUUGGUUGGAUUCUAUCAAUAAAGCUACACUGGGGGCUGAUAGUUAUAACAGAACUAGUGGACUAUUUAGUGAAACGGAUGACAGUGAUAGUGAAUCUAAAGGAAAACUAAAAAAUACCGGAUCAGAGUUAAAACCGAGUACUGAUAAAGCUUCGUCAUUCGGCUCUUUAAAGAAAAUUGGAAGGAAGAAUUCGGGUGCGAAGGAUCAUGAAAUUGGAGGGGCUAGCUUGGAUAGAAAAUAUCUCAGAUUUUUAGGCGCACGAACUCAAGAUAUUCCUGUGCCCACAGCACAAUUCAGGAGUUAUAGAAGAGUUCUACCGUUGACGACACCUAAUCAAAAACCGGAGUCAACAUUAACUUCCCCGGAUCUGCGGAUUAUUGUAGCUGGGAGUACGUUUUAUGCGUUGACGUCUUCACAUAGCUCUACGGAUGUACCAACCACUAGUAGAGACAUGGAGGAUUAUCGUCAGACAACCGACAGAUCCCAACCGAGCCGCUGUCGCCGAUCCGAAGAUUUGCGUGGCUUCGUAACUCUUGAGGAUUUUAUGCUCUCUCAUCAACAGUACGCUCAUCAACGGUCAAUGAACACCUCAUCUACAUCGCCUCGAAAAACCCCCCUAACAAGCGAACACGUUCAACUUCAAUACCGCCAGCAUGAUGACAACCACACACACUUCAACCCGGAUAUCUUGACCAACGGAAUGAUCUAUGGUCACCCACGAAAUGGCGAAGAUUUAUCACCUUUCAACAAAGGAACUUGCAGUUAUGCCAGAAAUCCAAGUGAAACUUCAAAGCCAGACAAGCCGGAGUCAAUUAAUAACCAGAAAUUUCAGCCAAUAAACAAACGUCCUUCUCCAGUUCCAAAAGAAACGUGUGAUCGGAUCUGUAUUUACGAAAAAAGACAACAAGAAGCAAUUCUUCAUCAUCCCCUGAAAACGGAUGCUCUACAUUGGCAGAAUGUCUGUAACGAAAUGAAACGGAUCAAUUCACCACUUGAUGGGAGAUCUACUCAUAAUUCUCCUAAUAUCACUACACACAUGACGAAAAUUGAUCCCAGGAACGAAUCACUUCAACUGAUGAAUGUAAAGGACGGUAGAAAUCGUGAAUUCCAUAGGGAAGACGUUUUUCAGUCUGUAUCGCGGAAAUCUGUCAGAGAAAAUGGCUACUCGGGGUCAAGUGGAGACUUGACCUGUUGCACAUCCUCGGACACUCUCCGAAGAGCUCGAAAUGAAGCUGCAGUCAGUAGAAAGGGGAGUUUUAACCUGAAUGAUCGAUGCAGAGAUGAUAAAAGGUGGAUGGACUCAUUAAGACGGUCAGAUAAAAAAAUAAGUGCUGGGCAGAAGGCGAGACUGAAGAGUGUAGCUCAGUACCAACCGCCACCUAUUCAUUCAUCUCCGUUUGAACAGGAUGGGAUGAGAGCUGCCUUCGAAAUGCAUUUAGAUAAAGAGCACGCUCAGAAAACGAAUAGAUUGAAGAAUUUUUUUGGGGUUAAGAGUCCACAGAAGCCUAGUAGUUUAGAUCUCCCUAAAGAACAACAAAAAACACUUCUGGGUUCUCCCAGGCUACAUAGGGCAUUGUUCAAAGACAAAAGCUCUAGUCAAAAGAGAUCCGGGAGUCAAAGCCCUGGAGACAGUGGUAUUAGUCAAUCCUUGAGUUCGUACAGUGGAAUGAGUCAGUCUCAUACAUUGAGUCAGAGUUUUAGUUCUGUCAGUUCAACCAGUGAUUGGAGUCCAGAAACUCCAUCGAUGAAUGCUGACAAGAAUAUUGUCAUACAUGGAAAUAAGAGGAUCAAUACCAGCCAUUUAAUAUAUCCGCCGACACUUCCAUAUAUACCGCCACCCAGUUCUCCACCUCCCGAUGACUAUCCUGGCUUAGAGUAUCCCCCUGUUUUUGAACCUGGGACUUACUCACUGUCGGAUACCUCCCUGCUUAGAGAAAGGUGUAGGAAAGAUCGAGAUAAGAGUCAAUAGUGCUUGAAGUAUUCCUUCGGUUACCGAGAUAUCUGCGUAGUGAGGGAAAGAAUAUCUUUACAAUUUCAAAUAUAGAUUUUCAAGAGGUAUGAACUCUUCGAUAUUAUUAUUUUGGACAAUUUUUUAAUACUAUUAUCGGGGAUAAAUAAAGGUUUUGGCCCAAUGGCGAUGCUCAAGGCUUGAAUGUGUUGAUAUCGAUUCAAAAGAGGCCGAGUGAAAACAUCCAAGAGACACGCGACAGUUAUGUUGAUUACAAUAAUGUCUAAAAAUAGAGAAUUCCAAGAGUCCUUUUUGGAAACUGGGAAAAAGUACAACGAAAAUGGUUUCUCGAUAUUUUCUUCUGUAAUGGAUGAUUAACGGAUGCAUUCGACUUGCCUUAAACAUUUGAAUAAUUUGAACCGGCGAAAUUCAGUUUUUUUUCAUGUUCUUGGACAGAGAAAUAGGUCACAAAAUGAGGUUACAAUAGACAAUUGUAGCUGCAAAGGGUGUAAGAAGUGACAUAAAAGCUUGAGGUCUGGGGUAACGCGUCAAGAAAACAAGCUAAACUUUAACAAAUUUCCCGGCAAAAACAUGUGCCUACUUCUCAAUACGGGUUGUAAUACCGAUGUUGGAGAUUUCUUCUUCGUACACGAAUUGCAUAUGAAAACUAUAUAGAAUAUUCGUUGAUGAAAUGAAGUUCGUGGAGAAAGAAAAAGUUAUCAACGUUGAAAAUUCGAUCCUGGGAGGUAAAAUUCGCAGGAAAAUUUUACUUGGAUAAUUUUGUAACUUUUCAACAGAAUUAGAGAUUUUAUCAUAAAAAUCAGUGUUUAGAACCAUUUCAGAUAACUUUUGAAAAUCUAGUUGAACAUAUUGAGUAUGAACAUGAGUUGGAGAGCUAAAUUAGUAAUGAAAAACCGUCCAUUCUGUGCCUCUGCUGAUAUUAGUAGUUGAAAAAUAUCUAGUGUCAACUUUUGGUCAACAUUUCGCUAUUGAAGUUGGUCCGCAAAUUACAGAGAAAUUGUUGAUAGUUAUCAGUGGGAUUUUUUUUCUAUUAGUGCCCCUGAAUUUUGAUGCUUCCUUUCAAGCAAACAUUCGAGUAUUAUAGAAACUAUUGUAUCAUUAAAACAAAACAUAUCUUCUGCCAAUUUGAAUUGAUUGAAAACAAUAAUUAUUUUCUGUUGCAACAUGAAGUAAUAUGUCAUUGGAUUCCUCACAUAUGUCAAAUAUAUCUCCUUUCAACUCGUAGAUUAAUGUGCUAAAAGUUUUAAAAAAUGCUAUAUAAAUAUAUCGACCAAAAUUCACAACGACUUUAGAGUAAGAAACAGUAUUUCACACCUAUGUGAUAACCCGUUCAUGCUAAAGUGCCUAUGAUAGUUUUCAAACUAUACAUAUCCUGUAUUUAUAUGUUAAUUAAAAUUUUCGAACUCACGUUUUACAUAGUUAUCCAGUAAUUAAUCGACUUCGAACUACAGGGUGUCCCAUUUGAAAAAAUCCGGCCAAAUGUCUCCUAAGGCGGGCAAGUAACAAAAAAUGUUCGAUACAAAAAUUGUAGUGUUUUGAGGGGGUCAUUCGAUGCAUUUAUUAUUUUAAGCUAUCAAGCUCAUCUUUGCAAGUUGCAAGCACAAAGUGCUUUUUUUAUUAAUGGCAACCACAUUUUUCAGCCCACUGAAACUUGUUCAUCUUGAGGAGUUGUUUUCAGAUACGUCAUCAUUCAUGUA